UUCACGGAGGAGGGACAGAACAACUUCCAGCUGAGGAGCUAUCAAAUAAGGGACAUGAGAUGCAGCCAAUAGCUUAAGAAAGGAGGUGGAGUCGCCAUUUUGACUCACUCCAAUGCAAGAAGAUGGCCUACAUUGGAAGAUAAGGAAGGAGGAAAGCAAGACCUGUCAUGAAAAGAACCUACAAAAAGAAUAACUGGAUCAUGCUGGCGAGUGGUGUCAAUAAACAAAACAAAAUCUGUGUAUCCCCCUCCCACUGCCCCCGCAGCCAACAUGUUUGGCAACGUGCCCGGAUAUGAAGGCACUUUGGCAGGAGGAGGAGGUUUCCUGCCCCCUCCUAUGCCCAUGGAGCCUGUAGCCCCGCCCCAACCUGGCCCUGCACCUGCCGACUGGAGCAUCCCUGCACUGUCAGAGGAUGUGGCUCGUGAGGCGUUCAAGAGCUUUGUGUCGUCUAACUGCUGCUACAGUAGCGGUCCCGUCAACGAUGGAGUCAUCACCAGCAUGGAGCCAUGCAACACCUACAGGUAUCGACUGGAGACAUUCACUGAGUCCCGGUCAACUGAGUGGGCCCACAAACCUCAUGAAGGUGAGCCGGCUGACUUCUACACCCAGACUGCACCCCGGCCCUGGGAGAUCCAGGCCACCACGACUCCCAGCCUCUUCACCGAUCACACGGAGGAGAUCCGCGUGCCCUACACCUCCUCCAUCAAGGAAUGCCACAGCUGCCAUUCCAAAGGGACGAUGCUGUGCGAUGAGUGCCAUGGAGAUGGAUUUAAACCGUGCUGGGUGUGUAACGGCUCUGGGAUGAAGACUGAUGAGAGCUGCUCGCACUGUAAUGCUACAGGCAAAGACAGGUGUACCAUGUGUGAUGCUAUGGGUACGAAGAAGUGUGAAACCUGUAAUGGAAAGGGACAACUGCUAACCUACAUCAAGGUGAAGGUGGAAUGGACUAACCAUGUGGAGGACCACGUGGUGGCGCAGAACUGUGGUCUGAACAUCGAUGAUCUUCGUUCUGUGAGCGGGAAGGAGCUGUUCAAGAACAACCAGUACCUGCUCUACCCGCUGCUCGGGUUCCCAAACCCGGCCAUCUCUGAGGCCUCGGAGCGUCUGGUCAGAGAUCACCAAAGCAAGUAUGCCCAGACCUCCAGGAUCCUGCAGCAGAGGCAGACAGUCGAGCUGAUCCCCAUCACCAAGGUGAACUAUAAGUGGAAGGGCGACUCUCACGUCUACUUCGUCUACGGCAAAGAGAACAAAGUCAGCGCUGACAAUUACCCAGCAACCUGCUGCUGUGUCAUCCUGUAGACACACACACACACACACACACACACACACACACACACACACACACACACACACACACACACACACACACACACACACACACACACACACACACACACUGUCCCAAACUGUUAUACUGUUUAACUAACACUUUAACUACUUGCCACAUGUAGGGCUGGGUAUCUUUUAAAAAAAAAAAUGUCAGUACUGAUACCAAGACUUCAAUGCCAAUGUUUCCUGAAUCUUAUCUGAUAAAAUCUCUUUUAACAAAAACAAAUUACACAAAAACAACAUUUACACAUUACAAAUCUUUAUUUUUUUUCUCACCUUCUUUACACCUAUGGGACGCACGCUGUAGUCAAGCCUCUCACAAUUAGCAACACACACAUUGAGCCACAUCCUGUCCUUGCGCAAAGUAACGACAUAAACAACGUCAAGUUUUUCCUGCCUGCCUCUAUACAGCGUGCAACAUUAGACAGAACUAUCACAAGCAUUAUUAGAUUUUGGUACAAACUGCAUGCUUAUUGGCUCACUGAUUCUUAUGAGAUUUACUUAUAUAUAAUUUGGAAUUGAAUGAUGAGGCAUUUUUCGAUACUAAAAUAUGCAUAGAAGUCUCAAAGUUUGAUACCUAGCCCUAGCCACAAGUGGUCGGCUUCUAUUUUCGCAGGUAAACCUGCAUGUUACUUGCACUUAAACACAAAAACAUAUUUGUUGCGAUAAAUAAUACAUUUACAAUGUUGUCUGAAAUGAAUAUAAAACUGAAAGUUCAGUAUGUAACAUUAUGCUAAAAAAGAUAAGGGAGAGAAGAAAGUAACUUUCUCAGUACUGGCAUUAAUUAUUUGUCGUAAGUUGUAGUUCAAAUUUUACAAUUAAGAUUUUAAAAAAAAGUGCUCCACACUAACUAAAUGAUCCUGGAGGGACUUAAUUUAUUUGUUUGUCUUUGUGUUUCCAAAACUGUCUGCAUGUGCCAUUUAAUGUCCUCAGUAUUGCAUGGGAACCUCAUAUGUCCAAAUGAUAGCUGUUUCAAGAACAAGCAUGAGUUUUGGUCCUCUUGACAUCUGACCUUGCCGUUAGCCCAUAACUUGUCAUAAAAUCUGUGGAAGCCAAGGAAAGAGGAAGUUGAUGAUAAGUAAAAAGUAAAUCAAACACGAGGAGAUAUGAGGUUUUCAUCUGACAGAGGUAAAUACUGGAUAUGAUAUGUGCUUUAUAAUACUUUACCUGUGUAUAAUCUGUGUGUGAGAAACCGAAACACAGGCAGUAUUCGAAACCACCUACUAUGCUAGCAGUAUGUACUGAUUUGGCCAAAAUGUAGCAUGUAGCAAACAUAAGCAAAGUCUGCAGUAUGCAUUGGACCUGUCUCGCCUACUGCGUCCCACAAAGCAAAGUGCUGAAACGGUCACGCCAACAGGCACUUCCGCUUUUCAAAACUGGGAACCAGCUAAGCCUGGCCCUGCAUACUGGAAAAUAAAUAGAUUUAACCGUUUCAUAGUUCCUCAGUAGUAUUUAGUAGGCGGUUGUGAAUACAGCCAGAGUUUAUAGCAUAACAGCAGAAUCUGGAUCCCCUUGUUACUACCUGUGUUCUAACUGUGGUUUAAUGUUACAUGAAGGUAGAAACCACUUCAGGGUUUAAACUGCUGAGGAAGAAGUUUUGACUCAAACCGAUAAAGAUUUAGCUGACUCCAAAAACAAAAGCUCUUGUUUUUCUAAAGGGCUGGUCACAUCAGGAAGUGUCAAAGCAAACUUCAUCCAUGUGUCUUUACCAUGGAUGUAUAGGAAGAAUAUUUCUUAUAAUGCAUUCAUGGUCUUCACUGACGUGCUCACAGGGCUAGUUGGUGAACUGCUGUAGCUGGCGAGCUAACCACCAACACGCUAGCACUAGUCAGUCACAAAUACCUCUUUUCUAUUUUCGCUAUACUUGGACAUUUAGUCCCCUCCGGCAACUUGUCCUGAGGAUUGUACAUCAUUUCAUUCAAUAAAGAGCUACUAAAGUUAGCUCAGUCGACGUCGAACUUCGACUAAGGAGGUUAAAUAAAAUUGGAUGGUGACACACCGCUAACCAUCUAUGAUAGCGUCCUCCAUUUUAGACUUUUCAGCUGUCCAUUCCAUCAAGGGUUAACAUUGUCAAAACGGUUUGCUAAGUUGAAUUGAACAAGAAAAAUAUUUUAUAUAUAUUUUUUACAUUAAAUUCUAGUGAGACUGAGUCCUUUAGUCUUUGUUUUAUGGCUUAGUAAACAUCUCGCCUUUUAUCUGUACAGGUAGAAUGUCAUUAUUACCAUGAUAUCCUUGAUUUCUGUGUGUUCUGUCAAAAACAAGCAGCGUUAAAUAAUCUACCUGUUUGUCAGAUUCAGCUGUUGACAAACAGACCUCAAACAAACAGACCUCAAACAAACCUCACCAAAGUGCUGGAACAAUAUUCCUAAAUGUUUAAUUCCUCUGUUUAUUUUAAGAAGGAAAUACCUCAUCACGUCAACAUAACAUUAUUAUAAAUCUUAAGCUUUGCUAAGCUCAAGUGAUCCUGUUACCCUCUCCUGCAUUAAGUCUAUUAGAGCCUCUUUGGCUGGUUCUCUGUCGCUUUAAAUCUCAGCCAAUCAGUUAAUGGUCGGCUGAACAGCUGAAAUAUUCCUGCAGCAACUAGAAACUGAUGUAGCUCCAAUAUUAAUGAUUAUUUUUACACCUUUCAAUGAGCUAAGAUCAUUUUAGAUUUUUUUUUUUUUUUUUUUAUGUUUAUCCUCCUCAAAAGUCUUUUAAAAGUUCUUUGAGGCUUAAACAAGAUGUUCUUGUUAGAUCUUGAAAAGUUCUGAAGAUGCAUGCUUUCCACCUGAUGGCAGCAGAAUAACCAGCUUUAAUAUUAAAAAAGUAGUAUUUAGUAGAAUGUAAAAGUAGAUUACAGCCUUAUUAAUCACGUCAAUCUGUCUAUUUCACAGGGCUUCUUAUAGGCUUAUUCAGAUUUUUUUUCAGUCAGCUGCAUUGAUCAUACGUUAGGCUUAGACUGUCCUGAUGCCGCUGGUUUCCACAUAAAACUGAACAGCAGCUUUCAGAAACCUAUGAAACCAGACUAAAGCUUCUACGCCAAGUCUGUCACUAAGCAAACAGUUUAAUAUUAAACAUAUCAUUGAACAUGUUCUGUUUAAUGGCGUUAUGAGAUCAACGGCCAGACAACUACACAAGCUUGUCUUUGUUUCUGUGGAAAAUGUAUGCUCAUGCAGUUAGCAGUGUUACAUCAGGAUUUCAGUUCAGACGUGUGCAAUAGCUUUAACGCUGGAACUGUAGCUGUGUGAAGAUGCUUGUAAACGCCUCUGUGGCUCCACACCGAGAAGGUUGUUAUGGGUUUGACAGUUUGCAGACGACCCAACACACACACACACACACACUUCAAAUCUCAACAAUGAAGUGUGCAGCUCUGCGCAUGAAAUAAUCAGAUUGGUUGAUCCAUCUUCCAAAUGUUUUUUCUCUCUGGGAUUUUUAUCCACCAAAAACAAUGAAAAGAAAAUUUUGGAAAUCUUGAUUUUAGUUUUUGCUAAUUAGUUUAGAACAUAACUGGUGUUGUAUUUACGGCUGACUUUAGCUCUCUCCAGUUUCAGCUGACACCAACAUUUCACUUCAGGACAAAAAUAUACAACCUUAAGCCUCUAAACUGCCUCCCUGCGGUACAGCUGAGCUCCUGUAGAGGGCGCUUUGUGUUUGACUCAGUUGCUUGACACACUGCUGCCCCCAAACAGGACAAAGCCACUCCAGGUUAAUAGGUUUAACAGUUAAUAGGUAAAUGGCCAUAUUAGUUUAUUUACUAAAUAGGACAUAUACCUUCCAUUCUGCCUUUCAUAAUAUCCAUGUUGCUUAUUGUUUAUCUUCGGGGGUUUCAUUUAAGUUUUGUGUUUUCUAUUGUGAAUAGAAAAACACUGUGGGGGAGCCGACUGUUAAUUCUCAGAUAUGCAUGCUUGAACACAACGUUAAAGGUUCAGCAGGUAGCUUUUAUUGAAAUGUUUUAGUCAUUUCCUGAAACUGUCACUAUAUCCUGACAUGAGGCAGAUUCUCUGUGGGGAAAAAAACCCUGUUCCUCUUCCUUCCCAUAUGUGCUCCUAAUGGCAUUUGCAAGUUUCCACCACGCCCCUGAACGAAAACAAGCAAUUAGAGGCACUGGGCAGCGCUGAUCACAUAUAAAUCAAGAUUCCCUUUCAGCAUUGCCAAUUUCUCGCCUCAAAUGUAUUCAAAUACAUAUUUUAGUGUGACGUUUGGCUGUAAAAUGGGAACGUUUAUGACCCACCCACUAUGUUGAAAACAGUCGAGCCAAAACCAAGCACCACCCAAAUUUAGUGACAGUUUGAGCAAGUAUUAAAAAAAAACAUUAUUUAUGAAAGAUACCUUUAAAGUGACUUUGCUAUUUAAUGCCUCAAACUAAAGUGAUGCUGCUGGAAUGUGAUGAAACAUUUAUUGAGGGGAAUGCUCUUAAUCUGCAAUGUAAGUGGCUUAAAACAUCACUGUGACUAACAAACAUCUCUGCUACUAACCUGAUGGACCUGAUGAUCACCUAUUGUGCUGAUUACUCUGUUAGUACUCUGUAAUGCUCUGUAAUUACAUUAGAUUAUUAAUGGUAUGUUACUGUUAAAGCUGGAAAUAAACUCUGAGACUCA